CUUGCCAUCUCUAAAAGGAUUAGCCUGCGCCCCUCAAAUCACUCUCUCAUCAGCCAUGGAACUCGACCAUCUUCUUCACAAGGCCAUCAACUUGGUGCUGACGCCUUUAGUUUUCGCCAUUAUAUGUCUCAUCCUACCCUUUCUCAUCAUUUUCCGACUGGUUGUUUCCAUCUCCAGUCGCUUCUCCAGCGAGAACAUGGCCAGAAAAGUUGUCCUCAUCACCGGUGCUUCAUCGGGAAUCGGAGAGCAUAUGGCUUAUGAAUAUGCGAAAAUGGGAGCGUGUCUAGCGCUAGUUGCGAGAAGGAAGGAGAAGCUGGAAGCGGUUGCAGCCAGGGCUCGUGGCCUCGGCUCUCCUGAUGUUCUUGCGCUUCGUGCCGAUGUAUCAAAUGUUAAUGACUGCAAGCGAUCUAUUGAUGAUACUAUCAACCACUUUGGUAAACUGAAUCAUUUAGUGAACAAUGCCGGGAUUGGAAGUGUCUGUGCACUUGAAGAGAUCACCGAUAUUACCAACUCAGGAUCUUUGAUGGAUGUGAACUACUGGGGUUCUGUUUAUCCAACUUACUUUGCAAUUCCUCACCUGAGAAAGACUAAGGGCAAGAUUGUUGUCAACUCAUCUACUAGUGCCCUUGUGCAGCCUCCAUCAAUGAGCUUCUAUACUUCGAGCAAAGCGGCGGUGAUAGGCUUCUUUGAGUCUUUGAGAGGUGAAUUAGAUCCUGAGGUGACAGUAUCGAUAGUAACUCUCGGCUUUGUAGAGAGUGAGAUGACCGAAGGGAAGCUCGUAUCCGGGAAUGGAGAAGUCAUAGUAGCACCAAACCUGAUAAAAGCUAUUAGUCCUACAGGACUGCCGAAAAUGAGAGCGGGUCUAGCUGCAAAGGUGAUUGUAGAUGCCAUAUGCCGUGGAGAAAGAUAUGUGACUGAGCCAAAGUGGUAUAGGAUGCUUACGUUAUUCAAAUACUUAUGCCCUGAAGUGAUUGAAUGGCAUUUCCGCCAGACCAAAUUUGGGAAGGUGAAAGAAGCUCCCUCCAACCAUAUUCCCUCUAAAGCCGACUAGGCUAGAAGUGGCGUCAUUGAAUUGAAAAUAACGAAGGCAUUUCAGACUCUCAGUCCACUUUGGCCCACAGUUGUUUCAUGGUAAACAUGCAUGGUAACAAUGGUCUAAGGUAUCAAGGCAUUCAUGCUGAUGAAAUUUGAGUGUGGAUCACCACAUAACAUGACUAAAUUAUCUUCUUUUUGAAUGAUAUGAUCAAUAUUUUUUUUCUUUACAUGGAUCAUUUCAAGGAACUUCAUGUUCAACCA